UGCAAGCCCUGUUGUUGGGUAUUCCCCGUCAUCGGAGCUGGGGGCCAAAAUUCCACCUUUUUGUGCAUCAACGCCGCUCACGAUAUUUCCAACUUACUUCUUGUCAUAAUUGCAAGAGGAGAAGCUGGUCAACUAUCGCGAUAUGGCCGCCCUCCCUGAUCCUACCGCCGACCUUGGCUGGUCCGGCUACGCUGGUGCCAUCCACGAGAUUUUCCGCCGACAAGCUGAAGCCAAUCCGGAUCGCCUGUGCGUCAUUGAGACCAAGUCGUCUGCCACGCCCGAGAGACGAUUCACGUAUCGCCAGAUCUACGAGGCCUCAAACACACUUGCACACUAUCUUCACGAUGCCGGAAUUACCAACGGAGACGUCGUCAUGAUCUGGGCGCACCGUUCCGUAGACUUGGUGGUCAGCUUAAUGGGCAUUCUGGCCGCCGGUGCUACCAUGACUGUGUUGGACCCUGCGUACCCCCCAGCACGGCAGCAAAUCUACCUCGAGGUGUCCCAGCCCCGUGCUUUGCUUCGAAUCGGCCGUGCGACGGACGAAAACGGCCCACUGGCGCCUUUGGUGCAACAAUAUAUCGAUAGCGAGCUGCAGUUGAAGGCCGACGUCCCUGAGUUGCGCCUUCAUGAUGACGGCUACCUCUCUGGCGGCCAGAUCGACGGUAAAGAUGUCUUCGAAAAGGCCAGGCAGUCUGGUGCAGGUGCGCCACCAGAUGUCGUCGUCGGCCCGGACUCAAAUCCCACCUUGUCUUUCACCUCCGGAAGCGAAGGACGACCCAAGGGUGUUUUAGGUCGCCACGAUAGUUUGGCACGCUAUUUCCCCUGGAUGGCCGAGCGCUUCAACUUGACCUCGGACAGCAAAUUCACUAUGCUUUCCGGUAUCGCUCAUGAUCCUAUCCAGCGAGAUAUCUUCACGCCGCUCUUCCUCGGUGCCCAACUACUGGUUCCUGCCAAGGAGGACAUUCAGCAUGAGAAGCUUGCGGAGUGGUUCCGUGACCAUCAACCAACAGUGAGUCAUUUGACCCCGGCCAUGGGCCAAAUCCUUGUCGGAGGGGCCACGGCAGAAUUCCCAAGCCUGCAGAGCGUCUUCUUUGUAGGCGAUGUUCUCACAACCAGAGAUUGCCGGACACUUAGAAAGCUAGCCGAGAAUGCCAACAUCAUCAACAUGUUCGGCUCUACGGAGACACAAAGAGCCGUCAGUUACUACGAGGUCCCAAGCAGGGCCAGAGACUCUGGCUUCAUGGAUAAGCUCAAGGACACCGUUCCAGCCGGAACAGGAAUGGAGGGUGUCCAACUCUUGGUUGUACACCGGGAAGACCGUACCAAGCUUUGUGGGGUUGGCGAAACAGGCGAAAUAUACGUUCGUGCCGCUGGUCUCGCCGAAGGCUACCUAGGCGACCCCCAGAAGAACCAAGAGAAGUUUGUGACGAAUUGGUUUGUCGAUGAGAAGAAAUGGGCCGAACUGGACCAGCAACUCAACAAGAAUGAGCCAUGGAGAAAAUACUACCAAGGUCCUCGUGACAGGAUGUACCGGACAGGAGAUCUUGGAAAGUACCUCGAGUCUGGCGAUGUUGAGUGUACUGGACGUGCUGAUGAUCAGGUCAAGAUUCGUGGUUUCAGAAUCGAGCUCAACGAGAUCGAUAGCAACCUGAGCCAAAGUCCUCUGAUCCGGGAUUGCAAAACCCUUGUUCGAAGAGAUCGUAAUGAGGAACAAACGUUGGUGAGCUAUAUCGUGCCUGAAACGGCAGAAUGGCACCGAUUUCUCUCCACGAGAGAGAUCGAGGACGUCGAAGAUGAGGGAUUGGAAAUGGGUACCGUGAAAGUCUACUUGAAGAAGUACCGAGUCUUGCAGACGGAGGUGAGAGAUCACUUGAAAACUCGUCUACCGGCCUAUGCAGUACCCACGAUUUAUAUCGUUCUCAACAAACUUCCCCUGAACCCCAACGGCAAGGUUGACAAGCCCAAUCUUCCCUUCCCUGAUGUAGCUGAGCGUGUAGAGGAUGCCUCAGAGGAAGACUUGAAGAGCUGGGAGGCUCUUUCCGAGACGGCCAAAACGGUAGCCCAGCAGUGGGCGGAUAUCGUCCGUGGUCUAAACCCGAAGACAAUUCGACCCGAGCACAACUUCUUCGAUCUCGGCGGACACAGUCUUCUAGCACAGCAAUUGCUUCUCAAUCUAAGAAAGAAUCUGGGCACCAACGUUUCUAUCAACACACUUUAUGAAUUUCCCAGCCUAGGUGCUUUCAGCGAUGCAAUAGAGAAGCAACAACAGAAGUCCAAUGGCAUCGUGACCAAGGACACUGAGGAAGGGGAUCCGGAAUACGCAAAGUCGCUGGAUGAACUAACUGGUCGGCUGGCUCAGAAAUAUCAGACGGCCAACUUGGAUGCCAUUUCUGCUUCAGGGCAACUCACUGUUUUCCUGACCGGGGCGACUGGAUUUCUGGGAGCUUACCUGGUCAAAGAUAUCCUUGAACGUACGCGCCGUAGCAUUAAUCUCAUUGCUCACGUACGUGGUGUAAAGGAUCCUGCUGGAGCCCUCGACCGACUCAGGCGCUCGAUAAGUGCCUAUGGCCUUUGGAAAGAUGAGUGGUUGUCCAGGUUGAGUUGUGUAGUGGGAGACUUGUCGCAGCCCAGACUCGGUCUCGACGACGCAAGCUGGAAGAAGGUGGCAAAUGAGGCAGACGUUGUCAUCCACAACGGCGCUUCGGUGCACUGGGUUAAAAGAUAUCACGAUAUGAUGACCUCGAAUGUUCUGUCCACUCUUGAUGCGAUGGCGCUUUGCAACGAAGGAAAGCCGAAGACGUUUACUUUUGUCAGUUCUACAAGCGUACUCGACACAGAUCAUUACAUCAACCUGUCCCACCAGCAGACAAGUACCGGUCAAGGUGCAAUCUAUGAAGAUGACGACAUGCAGGGCAGUCGGAGAGGCCUUGGUACAGGUUACGGUCAAACAAAGUGGGUAUCGGAGCAGCUCGUUCGUGAGGCAGGAAGACGUGGUCUAUCAGGAUCCUGUAUCCGAGCAGGCUACAUCCUGGGCGACAUGUUCACCGGUGUCUGCAACACUGACGAUUUCCUGAUCCGUAUCCUCAAGGGCUGUGUUCAACUGUCGGCACGUCCUCGCAUCAUCAACACUGUCAACGCUUGCCCAGUUAACCAUGUCUCUCGAGUCGUCGUCGCUGCUGCUCUUAACCCGAUUCCGGACGGUGUUCACGUUAUUCACCUGACUGCUCACCCUCGACUCCGCAUGAGCGAGUAUUUGUCCAUCCUGGAGUACUAUGGCUUCAAAACUCCUGAAGUUAGUUACGAUGACUGGAAAAACGAGCUGGAGAAGUUCGUCUCCGCUGGAGCUCUUGAAAAGGAUCAAGAACAGCAUGCACUAAUGCCACUGUUCCAUUUCUGCAUGAACGACCUUCCGGCAAACACUCGCGCUCCCGAGAUGGACGAUCGCAACUGUGUCGCAGUACUCAAGGCAGAUGCCAACAAUUGGACAGGAGUCGAUGAGAGUUUCGGUUACGGCAUCACUAGGGAAGACGUUGGCAAGUACCUAGGCUACCUUGCCAAGAUUAACUUUAUCCCCUUGCCAACGGAAAAGGGAAGGUCACUACCCGAGAUCACUGUCGACGCUCAAGCUAUCGGUGGCCGUGGUGGUGCUGCAUAGAUCAUAUAUAUACACCAGUCUUUUUCGGAGUUUUAAGGGUAAAAUGCAAAAAGCGAUCUGGGGUAUUUCCAAAACUUAAAAGCCGCUGAUAGACCGACAAGAACAAUACACGAAUAUGUGCGCAUG